AACACAAUGUUUCAAUCAACAUUGAAUCAUUGUGAUGAUUCAAACUUGCUCUUCAAAGAAAUACCCUACCAUCCUUGCUCAUAACCUACCCAUUUCAUUUUGUAGUUGUCCCGCUCUGUUAACAGUAACUACUCUCCGCAUGAUUUAUUUUCGUUCGCAGUAGGCGCACGCUCUCUCAGCGAUAUUUUUAAAAUCUAAGAAAGAAGAAAAAUGGAUUCCGAAAAUAAGAUUGCAGAAACCAUGCGCUCCAUUGAAAAUAUGUGGCGACUCUUCUAUGAAGACCAAAACUCAAGAAAUUCUCCAACAUUAGAUGAGGAUAUACUUGGGUUUAAAAGGGUGAUAACCAAUAUCGCCGAGCAUGCUGUUCAGUCCCAACUAAAGACGUUUGAGGAGAAAUAUUUUAAAACUCCUCCUAAAAUGUGUCCGAAUUGUGGCAAAAUGAAGAAAGCUGGAAGGAAGAUGGGCAGCACGAAGGUUUGCAUAUUUUGUGAAGCAUCCUCAACAACCUUCAGUUCGAUUGGUUUCUGACUCUGUCAAGGAUGGCCAUUCCGGCAAUCAACAGAAGAGUGCAGCCACUGUUCCAAGAUUUCAAUCUGGUCAGGAAACAGUGUAUGCACUUAAAAGACAAUCAAAGUGGGAGGAUAUUCCAUAUGUACGGGAGCAAAGAUUGAGUCCAAGAAUUACAAAGAAAAAUGAGACUCGGCAGAGAAUGUCUUCCCCAAAGAAGAAGAAAGUUGGUCCAUCUCGACAGAGAUACAGUAAUUCUUCAUACGAUGUCAUACUGGCUCCAACAUUGAUGCGAUUCGAGCCAGAUAUAGUAGAAUCAUAUUCAGAUUCCUCGAGUUGCUCUGAAAGUAGAAGCCGAUCAAGGUCUAUUUCACCUGCGAGGUUUGCAACUUCCUCAACUGGUUCAAAUUCUCCUAAUAGAUAUCAAAGAACAUUGUCGUGGGAGUCAACAUAUUCUAUAUAUUCUGCUUCAUCAUCUGGUUCCGUUGCUCCAAAUACAAGCUACAACGAGUAUUCUAGUGGCAACAGGAGGGAAUCGCAUCCACGAGGCAGAACGCGGGAUCACCGUCGCCGUUCGCCAGAUUAUUCAUGUAGUUCCAGUAGGUGCACUUCACGUAGUAGAUCACCAGAUGAGGUCUACUCACAUAGGAGGAAUCGUGGUUCCAACGUUCAUCCAUCAAAUCAUUCCACUGACAAGGUGGGAUGGUUUAGACGAAUAAGGAACAAGCUUGGGUUCCAUCAUCAGGAUGACCACCACCAUCACCCCAGACGUCAUAAUACUGGUGUUAAAUCAUCCAAGGAGGAUGAAACUGUCCACACUCAUAAUCGUUCCGUUGCAAAUCCUGUAAGUAACGGUAAACUCCAUCGCCGAAGCAAUGACCAGAUGGUGAGAAAGAACAACAGAAGAACACAGGUCAAGAACGAGCCCAAACAACAUGGACAUGUCAGAAAGUUCUUUGGAGGUGUAGUUGGUCACUUCCUGGGCUCGAAUAAAUCUAAGCCGUCAACAGCUGGUAAAAGACGGUUAGAAAGAACAGUAACAGGUAAGGGAAAUGUUGUUCGCAAGAAACUGCAUUGGUGGCAGAAAAUUCAUAGACGAGGGUCGUCUAAUGUUGGAAAAUCACGCGCCAAACUUGGAAUGAAGACCAAGUAUCCCAAGUCCAAGGGAUAUAAACAUAAUACUAAGAUGAAGAAACUACUAGGAGUAAACCUGGAUCCUUUAAGCAAGUGGUCAAUGCCUCAAUGAUAAUAAAGGGAAUCUUUGCUGAUUCUUCAUUUUGUUUUCAUCAAGAACUUGGGGUCAUCUUAUGUAAUCAUUAACAGCUGCAAAGUGCAAGCUCCUUUUUACCAUAUAUGGCCCUUGCUCCUCAAGAAAAUCAAAGGGUGGUAGAUAUGGCGUGAGUACCACAACAUUUUCCAUCGGAAUGCACCUGGUGGUAGAACAACCUAUAUUGCAGCGCUUAUGAAGAACAGUGGUAUGCUAUGAAGCACGGAUACUUCAAAAUUGUUGACGUAUCCGUAUCGGCGUCGUAUCAGUAUCGGAUAUAUGGGGAUACGUGUCAGAUACUUCAUUUAAAGUAUUGAAUUUUUUUAAUUAUAAAAAGGGUAGUGGAUACUUUAGGAUACAUCUGGGAUACUCUAAGAGGGGAUACUUUCUAUAAUUUUAGCAUAUAUUUUCGUAUACAAAAUCGAU